CUUGCUGUCAUAGAAACUAAUUCAGCACUUGUUUCCUUCAAGUUUUAAGCUUACAAUAUGAUUGCUUAUCCUGGAAAAGAUGAAUUAUACACAAUGGUGGAAAAUAUCAAAAAACCAUUGUUUUCAGCGUUCAUCAAUAAAUACGAAACGCAGGUCGCUGAGUGGUCUUCAAAAACAUCAGCUACAAGUAGUCGAGAGCUGCAUAGAAUAUGGGCCUCAAGAUUUAAUGAUGCGGUCAGAGAAACAAGAAUAGACAUCGCGUUAAAAAAUCAGAGGUACAUACCAUCGAAGUGGGACAUGUUGUAUGAAGAAUUAUCGAUCCUGAGAGACAUGAGGCAAAUAAGCAGAACAGAAGGACAAAAGCUGAUUAAUAAGAGCAUGGAAUAUGCCUCAACAAGAUCAUUAAGACUUUUGGAGAGCUUUAGUGUAGAAGGCAGCAGUAGAAGUGUUGUAGUUGAUGCAGAAGGUAUACGCAGGGAGGAGACCGAGAGUGAAGAUGUUGACGGCGAAGAAGAAAAAGACCAUGACGAAGAAGAAGAGGAAAGCAUGCCAGUUGUCGACCGGCUGUACAUGCUGUACUAUAAGAAGUUUAAAAAUGAGGCGUUUGAAGAUGAGGAAGACGCUUUUCUAGCUGAUGUUGUGGACAAGAAGUCAUGCAUCCAAGCGAAAUUGUUUGGCUAUGCAAGCAAGUUGCUGUUGAAGAAGGAUUUAGAUACACAAGAAGACAUGAUGCUCAAGCUAUCCCUUUCUAGUAUCAUAAACAUGCUUCAGCCCAGCGCAUAUGAGACACUAAAAAAGAUCUUUAACAAGAAAGAGAUGGAGACACUUGAGAGUUCAGAGCCAAGUAUAUAUAUUGGACUGUCAGAAGAAGACAAAAUGCUGUUGAAGAGAGUGAUUAAAAGUGGAGACAAGGGGAGCAACACAGACAACAUGAUGGACGAGAUACUGAGCGAGCAACUUCGACUUAGCAAUUUACGAAUGAAAGGCAGCGACACCUACAAGAUGCUGGAUAUCUUGAGAUAUAUGAUUGACAGCAUCGACCAAUACAAUGAGAGAGACAGUGAGCUGACGGCAUAUCGCCAUUUUGCCAAGCUUUUAGACUGCUUGUUUCGAGAAACAAACUUGAUGUUGGACGGUGAACCUGCUUGCAUAGCUGCCAAAGAAGAAAUAAUAGCCACCCACUCCCUUUAUCCUUCGGCAGAAGGUAAUGCACUGUCAACUUGUAGCAUAAGAAAAAUUGAUGCCAUUAUUGCUACCGAAGUCAAGAAAGAGCGUGUUGAGCUUUCGACCAACGAGUGGAAGAAGAACAAUGUGAGCUUAGCAAUAGCCUUCAAGCAGCAAUCAAAAAACUUACGUUCUAACCUGUCCAUUUUGAAUCAGCUGGAACGUAAGUUCAAUAUUCAGACCAAGAACAUCUUGGCCAUAGAUUUCCUUGGCUACGAUGGCUAUCUUUAUAGUCUCGAGAAGAAAGAAGGAGUUGCUGUGGCAACUUUGGUGGAAGAGCUUGUACUCCCAAACAAGAAGUCGGAGAUCGAGUAUGUCCUCCAGACAAUCAAUGCUCUGUUUAUACUAAAGAAUCAUGUGCUCAAGCUUGCGGAAGAAGUUGAAGACCAAGCACCAAGAAGAAGACCGAGGGGCAUUAUUCGACGAAAAGAAUCUAUGGCAGCUCCUUGCCAAACCCCUCGGGUGAUGUUUUCACCUAAGUUGAAGAAGAAAAACUAAAUGAAGAAGAUCGACAAUAAAAUGUUUGUAAAAAGUAAAGAAUGUUAAAUACUAUUUUAUCUUCAGCAACAUGACUAUAAGUCGCUUUCAAUUUCGCAAAGUUUUGCUUCCCUUCUGUUUAGUAGGUUUGUUUAUAUAUUUAAUUGCGCCUUUGUUAAGUUUACUUGAGUAUUAAUCCUAUGUAUUUUGACUCCAAAAAUAAGCCUAGCAGCAGUAGCAUCCAUAAAAUCAUAAAUGUUAUCUGUAAAUAAGACAAACAAUAUUUGCUCGGGUAAAGGAACGUACUGGUAUUGAAGCAGUGGAGAUUAAAAAAAAGUUUUUUCUAUUCAUCUUCUUUAC